CUUUCUUUCUCUAUAAAUUAGUCUCUCUGUCUUUUAUCGCUCUCAGUUAUCAUUCAAAGGAGAGGAAAUCCAUCAGUGAGUGUUCAAGAUGAUGAAGAUGAUACUAUUUGGAAUACUAGUUGUUUUGGCUGCGUCUGAUUUUCCGACAACGGAAUCUCGGAAUCCGAGCGGUUUGGCCAAAGCUGGGAUCGAAUACUCGGCUUUGAACUGCCGGAAAUAUAGCGCCGUUAUAACGGAGUUUGGGGCGGUCGGAGAUGGGAAGACUUCCAAUACCAAAGCAUUCAGAGAGGCAAUAGAAAAGCUCGGUCAGAGAUCGGCGGCCGACGGAGGAGGAGCUCAGCUCGUUGUUCCGCCGGGGAAAUGGCUCACCGGUAGUUUCAACCUCACCAGUCAUUUCACUUUGUUCAUCCAACAAGGCGCUACCCUCCUCGCUUCUCAGGACGAAUCCGAAUGGCCCAUAGUAGCACCUUUGCCAUCGUACGGAAGAGGAAGAGACACUCCCGGACCAAGAUUCGGUAGUUUAAUCUCCGGUUCAAACUUAACCGAUGUGGUUAUCACCGGUAACAAUGGAACAAUCGAUGGACAAGGCCAGUACUGGUGGAAGAAGUUCAAACAGGGUGAGAUGAAGGAGACGAGACCGUACUUGAUCGAGCUUAUGUCCUCCGAAGACAUUCAGAUCUCGGAUAUUACAUUGAUCAAUGCUCCGACAUGGAACAUCCAUCCCGUCUACUGCAAGAACGUUAUCGUCAAAGGCGUCACAGUCCUCGCCCCCGUCGAUUCUCCCAACACCGAUGGAAUCAAUCCCGAUUCUUGCACAAACACAUUGAUUGAAGACUGCUACGUUGUCUCGGGCGACGACUGCAUCGCGGUGAAGAGCGGUUGGGACCAAUACGGAAUCAAAGUCGGGAUGCCGACACAACAACUCUCGAUCAGGAGGUUGACGUGUAUCUCUCCCGACAGCGCAGGCGUCGCGCUCGGCAGCGAAAUGUCCGGAGGGAUCAGAGAUGUACGGAUAGAGGAUGUGACACUUAUCAACACAGAAUCUGCAGUCAGGAUCAAAACCGCCAUCGGACGUGGAGCUUACGUGAAAGAUAUAUACGCACAGAGAAUCACGAUGAAGACGAUGAAAUACGUUUUCUGGACGAGUGGUUCGUACAAUUCACACCCCGACGAUCACUGGGACCCUAAGGCGAUACCGGAGGUAACGAACAUUAACUUCCGAGACAUGACGGCUGAGAACGUGACCAUGCCGGGAAAUCUCGCCGGGAUCGAGAAGGAUCCGUUCACGGGGAUUUGCAUAUCGAACGUGAACAUAACGUUGUCUCCAAAGCCGAAGAAGGUGCAGUGGAACUGUACGAAUGUCGCCGGAGUUACGAGCAGAGUGACGCCGGAGCCGUGCAGUUUGUUGCCGGGUAAAGGGUCAUCGAUGGACUGUCAUUUUCCGACCGAUAAGAUUCCGAUCGAGAGUGUUGUAAUGAAGAAGUGCUCCGUUUGAAAUAAGAGCGAUGGAGACGUGACUUUGUGAUUGUAGUUUCUUUUGCCAACAUUUAUAAUA